UCAGUCACACAAGAAGGGGGGAGAGAAAAGCCAUGGCCGACAAGGUCCUGAAGGAGAAGAGAAAACUGUUUAUCCGUUCCAUGGGUGAAGCUCUUCAGGCAGUGCAGGACAACCCAACUAUGCCCACAUCCUCAGGCUCAGAAGGGAAUGUCAAGCUUUGCUCCCUAGAAGAAGCUCAAAGGAUAUGGAAAGAAAAGCCGGCAGAGAUUUAUCCAAUAAUGGACAAGUCAAGCCGCACACGUCUUGCUCUCAUUAUCUGCAAUGAAGAAUUUGACACUCUUCCCAGAAGAACUGGAGCUGAGGUUGACAUCGCAGGCAUGACAAUGCUGCUACAAAAUCUGGGGUACAGCGUAGAUGUGAAAAAAAAUCUUGCUGCUUCGGACAUGACUACAGAGCUACAGGCAUUUGCACACCGCCCAGAGCACAAGACCUCUGACAGCACAUUCCUGGUGUUCAUGUCUCAUGGUAUUCUGGAAGGCAUAUGUGGGAAGAAACACUCUGAGCAAGUCCCAGAUGUAUUACAACUCAAUACAAUCUUUAAAAUGUUGAAUACCAAGAACUGCCCAAGUUUGAAGGACAAACCGAAGGUGAUCAUCAUCCAGGCCUGCCGUGGUGACGGCUAUGGUGUGGUGUGGUUAAAAGAUUCAGCAGGAGUUUCUAGAAACGUAUCUUUACCAACUACAGAAGAGUUUGAGGAUGAUGCUAUUAAGAAAGCCCACAUAGAGAAGGAUUUUAUCGCUUUCUGCUCUUCCACACCAGAUAAUGUUUCUUGGAGACAUCCCACAAAGGGUUCUGUUUUUAUUAUGAGACUCAUUGAACAUCUGCAAGAAUAUGCCUGUUCCUGUGAUGUGGAGGAAAUUUUCCGCAAGGUUCGAUUUUCAUUUGAGCAGCCAGAUGGUAGAGCACAGAUGCCCACCACUGAAAGAGUGACUUUGACAAGAUGUUUCUACCUCUUCCCAGGACAUUAAAAUAAGGAAACUGUAUGAAUGUCUGUGGGCAGGUACAUGUGUAUGGUCGGGAGUGUGGGAAGGUUGAGGAAAGGGUACUGAAAGUCCAUUUUAGUCAAGAACUCUAGGUCUACAGGCUGAGAAUCCUUAAUCCAAAAAUUUGAAUUUUGAAAUGCUCUAAAAUCCAACACUGUGUGAGCGCUCACAAGAUAUUCAAAGGAAAUGUUUAUUAAAACAUUUCAAAUUAUAGGUUUUUGGAUUAGGGAUGUUAAACCAGUAAGUAUACUGUUGAAUUCCAAUAUACAAAAAUAUCUAAAAUUUGAAAUACUUCUGGUAGCAUGCAUUUUGGAUAAGGGAUAAUCAAGCCAUUUACAGAAAAUACUGAAGUAAUGCCUUUCUUCUGAUCAGUGCAGAGCAUGUUGCUCUUCUCCCAAAGUUUUUCAUUUAGACCUCUUCUGAGAUUCAGCUGAUAUUGGCCUAGAAGUGGCUGUAAGACCAUGAACUCUCACUUCUGGAUGUUUCGGUCCUUCACCUCAGCAGGGUAUAUUUAAACAUAGCAUGUGGUCUUUCCUUUUAAAAUUGUGUAUGUUCCCAUUGGUGGUAUAACUUUAUAACUUCCAAGUCUUUAACAAAAUUCUUUCCUAUUUUUUUUUUAUUAUUAUUUCUUUUUCUCACAGGAAGGAAGAAGAGAUCCUUCUGUAAAGGUUUUUGGAAUUAUGUCUGCUGAAUAGUAAACUUUUUUGAAAUAAUAAAUCUGUUAGAAAAAUGAAAA